AUGGAAUUGAAAUUGCCGAUCAUUUCGGCCAAAAUUAUUGAAUUUUUCCGUUUCUCCAAACCAUAUUUACAAAGUAACGAAGCCUUUUUUUACAUUUACUAUUGGAGGGUUAAAAAUUCCAUUGCAACAGAAUUAUUUUAUUUGUAUUACAAGCUAGGGGUGGGUAUAAAUAUAUCAUCAGAUGAUGAAACUCGGCUGAUCAGACCAGUCAAUUAUGACGGAUAUUUUCUCUUUGUUCUUUCAACUUUGAUUCAACAUUGCUGGUUCUUUUCACCUUUGGCUUCGGAACGUGAGGAAUUGUCAGCUAGAACGAACCAGACUUUAAGGGUGCUGGCCUGGUCACCUGGGGAUUUCUCAACGUUGGGCAUUCCUUGGACUCUCUUCUUUUGUAGGUUGGUGUUUUCGAAUGGAUUGCAAGUAUUGACCCUGGAUGAUAUGAUCGGUAUCAUUUUUCGAAUUAUUAUUUUUAGGUCGGACUUAUGUGUUUCUUUAGAUAUAGCGAAUUGAACUUGGAAUAUAGGUUUCGACUAGACUUAUCUUUUCUUUAAAAAACAUUUCAUGGAUGUCUCCCUGACUUUACUUCUACGUCUCAGCAUCUUUUGGAAUGGAUGAUUAUAUUUUUAUACUUUAAAAUGAGAGACGAUUUUUAACGUUAGGAUACAGAUCACGUGAUUAAAAUUGUGAAUUAAUAUAGACCGAUUUUAGCUUUUUUAUUUAUUUAUUUAUAACUAGAAAACCAGUCAAUCAUUAGGAUCCAUAUUAUGAGAAUAUCAUAAAAUAAAAUAAUUUUUUGUUUCGUUUUGAAUUUUUAUAAUUAAAUAUAUAUGUAUGAAUUUUAUUGGUGCUUUUUUUUUAAAACGUCGAAAC